AUGCCAGUUGAUGUAGUAGAGUUGAACAAAAUAAAGAAAGACUUUUAUGGAAUUGCUCAUUUUCCAAACACUGUUGGGGCAAUAGAUUGUACACACAUUAGAAUGAAAGCACCAACCACCGCCGAACACAUAUACGUCAAUCGCAAAAACUAUCAUUCCAUAAACAUUCAAGGAGUAUGUGAUUCGACUUUGAAAUUUCUAAAUGUAGUUGCAAGAUGGCCCGGAAGUACUCAUGAUGCAUUUAUAUGGUUUAAUUCGGAAUUGAAACGUCUGUUUGUGAACGGCACGAUAACUGAAGGAUGGUUAUUAGGAGACAGUGGAUACCCAUUGCGCCCAUGGCUGUUACAUGUAACACCCGUGUUAAACCACUCUCAGGCUAAGGAGAGAUACAACACAGCCCAUAUCCGUACAAGAAACGUGAUAGAGAGAGCUUUUGGUGUGCUUAAAGCUCGUUUACGGUGCCUGGACAGUAGCGGCGGAACACUUCUGUACAAUCCCGGAAAGGUGUGCAAAAUAUUUGUUGCGACAGCAGUGCUACACAUGUGCAUCAUCGAGAGAAUCCCACUCCCUGAAGGACGUGAUCCCCACGAUAAUUGA